UUGCACAUAGUUGACAACUCUGCGUAACGACGCGUGCCUGUGGUGGCACCGUGAAGGAGGCUCGUCAGACGCACGCUCUCCUCCUCUGCUUUCAGCACUGCCUUUCAGCCAGCUGAAGUGAAUGACUUAAAUGAACACUGUGCAUUACGGAUCUUUUGGAGGAGAAAGACGUUGUACAGGAACCAGCUUUAUGCAAUCAUCGUGCGCAACUAGAGUAGAGCUGCUUUUUUUCCCGUCACUGUGGUGUUUUGCAGAGCUGGGACUAUAUGGACCGCAGGGAUUCAACUGCAAUAAUCAUCCGUGAGUGACCAAAGUGUGUUAAAAAAAUCAUCCGCACUUUCUUGGUUCCUUUGUUUCGGAGGAAAGACAACACUGGCGAGAGCCAAACUUCCACUGGUGCAGUUAUCCUCCUCCUGACGCCUGUAGACAGAGAGCAGCACCGUUGGGGAGCUUCAGAUUCAUACUCCUGCGGGGUAACUGUCGCAGCCAACACUCGCUGGUCUUUCGCAGAUCCCCCUGAGAGUGACUGGGGGCUUCAUCCUGAUGCUGAUCGAGUCCUUCUCAGACUUGUGUGAAAAAAGAAAACAGGGGAAGAUGUUGCGCCAAGUACAAUGAGUACAGAGUUAUCGCAGGUACUCGAUUCCACAUCUGCUCCAAAGAAUUCAGCUUUGAGCAUCUCUUACUGGUCUGUGGAAUUUUUUAAAAAGUGGAUCCUUUGACUUUUCAACCAUGCAAAAUACUCCGCUUUCUCUCCGGAGUGCGAUUUCGGAAUAUUGGACAUCGCUGAUUGCAUGCCUCUUUUGGAUUCAGUACUCUUAUGGGAUGCCUCAUGUUAUACGAAUAGGUGGAAUAUUCGAACAAACGGAUGGACCUGUCUCUCUCGUUAGUGCGGAGGAGCUUGCCUUUAAAUUUGCUGUCAACAAUAUAAACAGAAACAGAACUUUGUUACCAAACACUACAUUAACAUAUGAUAUACAGAGGAUUAAUAUCUAUGACAGCUUUGAGGCAUCAAGAAAAGCUUGCGACCAGCUCUCCUUAGGAGUUGUUGCAAUAUUUGGGCCUUCACACAGCUCCUCAUCAAACGCUGUGCAGUCCAUCUGCAACGCCCUGGAAGUGCCGCACAUUCAGGUGCGGUGGAAACACCAUCCCAUGGAUAACAGGGACAGCUUUUAUGCCAAUUUAUACCCUGAUUACUCAUCGUUAAGCUAUGCCAUCUUGGACCUGGUGCAGUAUCUCAAAUGGAAAACAGCCACUGUUGUAUAUGAUGAUAGUACAGGUCUUAUAAGACUACAGGAGCUGAUUAUGGCACCAUCCAGGUAUAACAUCCGACUAAAGAUCCGCCAGCUUCCUCUUGACACUGAAGAUACAAGGCCCCUCCUCAAAGAAAUGAAGAGAGGCCGGGAAUUUCGCAUCAUUUUUGACUGCAGUCACCACAUGGCAGCUCAGAUUCUGAAACAGGCCCAGACCAUGGGGAUGAUGACGGAGUAUUACCACUAUAUCUUCACCACUCUGGACCUAAUGGCCAUUAACCUGGAGCCCUAUCGCUUCUGUGGUGUUAACAUGACCGGCUUCCGCAUCCUCAAUGUGGACAAUCCUCAGGUCGCAUCCAUUGUUGAGAAAUGGUCAAUGGAGAGGCAGAUACCCCCUAAACCUGAUUCAGGCCUGCUGGAAGGAAUCAUGACGACAGAUGCAGCUUUGACCUAUGAUGCAGUCCACAUUGUGUCCGUGUCAUACCAGCACGCUCCACAGAUGACUGUAAACUCUCUGCAGUGCCAUCGCCACAAACCCUGGAGAUUUGGAGGCCGCUUCAUGAGUUACAUAAAAGAGUCCCACUGGGAUGGUUUGACUGGGAGGCUUUCCUUCAACAAGACGACUGGUCUCCGCACAGACUUCGAUCUGGACAUUGUCAGCCUUAAGGAGGAUGGGCUUGAAAAGGUGGGGAAAUGGAGUGCGUCUGGAGGUCUUAACAUCACAGAAGUGCCAAAGCGAAAAGGCAUUAACAUCACCGAUUCCCUGGCUAACCGCUCCCUCGUCAUUACCACUAUUCUGGAGGAGCCAUAUGUCAUGCUUAAGAAGUCUGACAGGGCGCUUGUUGGAAACGACCGUUUUGAAGGAUUCUGCAUCGACUUGCUGAAAGAGUUGGCCGGCCUCCUUGGCUUCACGUAUGAGAUCCGUCUGGUGCCUGAUGGGAAAUACGGCUCUCAGGAUGACAAAGGCCAGUGGAACGGCAUGAUAAGGGAACUGAUUGAACAUAGAGCAGAUUUGGCUGUGGCUCCUCUCACCAUAACCUACACACGGGAGAAGUUUAUCGACUUCUCCAAACCCUUCAUGAGUAUGGGCAUCAGCAUCCUGUAUCGCAAGCCCAACUCCACCAACAGCGGCUUCUUCUCCUUUCUGAACCCCAUGACUCCAGAUAUUUGGGUCUAUAUCCUCCUGGCGUACCUCGGCGUUAGCUGUGUUCUUUUUGUCAUUGCGAGGUUUAGCCCUUAUGAAUGGUACGAUGCCCAUCCCUGUAAUCCAGGAUCAGAUGUGGUGGAGAACAACUUCACCCUCCUCAACAGCUUUUGGUUUGGAGUCAGCUCCUUGAUGCAACAAGGCUCAGAAUUGAUGCCCAAAGCCCUGUCAACCAGGAUCAUUGGUGGGAUAUGGUGGUUCUUCACCCUCAUCAUCAUAUCAUCGUACACUGCAAAUUUAGCUGCUUUUCUCACUGUGGAAAGAAUGGACACACCGGUCGACUCAGCCGAUGAUAUUGCCAAGCAGACAAAGAUUGAAUAUGGUGUAAUCAAAGACGGUGCAACCAUGUCUUUCUUCAAGAAAUCAAGAGUUUCCACAUUUGAGAAGAUGUGGGCCUUCAUGAGCAGCAGGCCACGGACGUCACUGGUGAAGUCAAUUGAGGAUGGGAUCCAGAGAGUGCUGAAGUCAGACUAUGCCCUCAUUACAGAGUCCACCACUAUUGAUUACAUCACCAGGAGAAACUGUAAUCUGACUCAGGUGGGAGGGAUUAUCGACAGCAAAGGCUAUGGCAUUGGCACUCCCAUUGGCUCCCCUUACAGGGACAAAAUCACCAUAGCAAUACUAAGCAUCUUGGAGGAUGGGCGCCUACACAUGCUGAAGGAGAAGUGGUGGAGUGGGAGCAGCUGCUUGGAUGAAGAGCGUCGCGAGACAGGCCCCAUGGGUAUCCAGAACCUGGGUGGUUUAUUCAUUGUGCUGGCAUCUGGCCUGGUGCUGUCUGUGUUUGUGGCAAUGGCUGAAUUCAUCUACAAACUGAGGAAGACUGCAGAACGUGAGCAGAGGUCUUUGUGCAGCGCCAUGGUGGACGAGAUCAGACUGUCGUUCACCUGCGAGAGACGGGUGAAACACAAGCCCCAGCCUCCGGUCAUGGUGAAGACGGAUGCAGUGAUAAACAUGCACGCCUACAACGACCGACGACUCCCAGGAAAGGACAACAUGAGCUGCAGCACUGGGAUGACUCCUGUGUUCCCAUGACAAUAUGCUCCCCGCAGGGCAAAAGCCUCCUGAGCAAUGUGUCGGGGGCGGUGCCAGAGCCCAGAGACAAUGGCAUAGACGGGAUCACCAGAUACACCAUUAACCACAGUGACAUAGGGACACUAACAAAACACGGGCAACUCAAAAUGGCAGCAUCAGCUACGCAGGUGUGACAAAGUCAACAUUGUAAUCCAAACUACAAGGAUUUAAAAUAAUUUUAUGGGGAAAAAUCCUUUACUGAAAAAGAUCCACCGAAAUGAAUCAGUUUCAAGUCUGAUGUUUACGUGCGCAACUCAAAUAGAAAAAACAAUAGAAAAAAAAAUAGAUCAAGGGAUCUUCAUCUAAUAAAAAUAAAUGUUUUGGUCAUAAGCAAGAAGAAUGGCGUUGUGGAGAAAGGCAAUAAGUGAUAGAAUUUUAGGACCACAAGAGAGUUUUUGUUGAAAAUCUGCUUUUUCAUACAGUAAAUUAAAACAUGAUACCUUUUAUCUUGUUGAUUUAAACACUUAUGAAAGGCCUUUGGCAGCGGAAAGUAGUUUUACCUCAAAGUUGUGUAGGCUUGACUGGUCGACAGAAUCAAGCUGUAGAAAUUUACUAUCUGGGGUUUUGUGAUUGGUAGAACCUACAGCAAGCAUCAGCUUUGAUUUUUUUAUUCCCCUUCUUUUAAAUAUGUGAUCUGUACUUAGCUAUAUUGUUACACAAAAGCAACCAUUACUACUGAUGCAAAGUGGAUUGACGAGACAUGUACUGUAUAUUAAAAACACAAGAUUUGAUCAUUGACUACUGGACAGUAUUAUGAAUUCACCUUUCUUUCUUAUCAGAUUACGUUGUACAUAACUGAAUUUCACUCAUUUUAAAUAUUAAUUGCCAAAGAUCUGACCAUUCAUCAGAAAAAAAAGAUCAGAGCAGUAUGGACCAGGACUGUUACUUUAGUUUGUUUCAGAACCCACCUUUUAUCCUGUAAAGAGUAAAUCUGAGUGUUUUAAGGGACUCAGUUGGUUCAUUCGAAGACCUAAUAGGUUUUUUUUGUUGUUUUUUUGUCUACAGGGAUUUGUAUCUAAACUAAUGAUGUUGUUUUCUGGUUUUAAGAAAAAAAUAAUCUUAAAAGAAAAUUCAUAAAGAUAACCAUAAAGAUAAGCCUUUCUGUAAGCUCGUGAAAUGUUAUUGAAGGGACAAGUCAGUGUCCAUGUCUUUGUUCUUUUCCAAGGUUUCUUUGACAAAAGCUGCUCUCACUCUACCAUUUUGACUGACAUUGAUGUCAUGGCAAACACUAAACCUAACAGGAAAAGAGUGAUUUCAUCCAUUACUGGCACACAGCUAACCAGCUGUUAACCAUUUAUCAGAUCCAAUUGUUCUUAAAAAAUAAAAAUAAAAAAAAAUAAUUCAAAGCAAAACACAGUGGCCCUUGUUUUGGUGAUCCAUGAUGUGUGAUUCAAAUCUGUUGGCUCAAGCAACAUUUGGACUUGUGCAUGGUAAUUUCCUGCUUGGCAACAAGGAAUAAUGUUUCAUGCACCAUCAGCGCCAGGGCUGUCUUUGAUCUGCUUAUUAAAACAGAAGCCUGCAGCUGUCCAAUCAGUGUGCAACCUCACAUCCCCUUCAACAGAUGUGAGUUUGAGGCCUCCACGGGUCAGAAGUUCAUGAAGAGAACGCACACACGAGGAGCAAUAUUAAUUGCUCACUGGGUAAAAUCACUUUCCCAUGCCAACAUGCAGAUGCAUCUUUAAAUGUUUCAUUUUCAAAAACAUCUUGCCAAGCAGGUUUGGGAUGUGUCAAUUUGACACAUUUGUGACAUCAUGACUCAUUUGCUUUGCCAACUAACAUACUUAAAAAUUCAAGACUAAGCUAACAUUUAGAGAUUUAAACAUCUAUUUGUAAAGAUGUAUCCAUUUAAAUCAAGAAAAAACACUGCAGUUUAAAAAUAAAUUUAGUUUUCUUUUCAUUUCUGAGUAUUUUAAGAUCUCAUACUGACCUUUCAUGAAACUGUAGAUCGUCAGUGCAUCUAAAACACCUGCGUGCGCUGACUGGGCAGAACUGGCAAGAUUAGGCAUCUUUAAAAGAAAAAAAACAUGAACAUUUCACUGCAUAUUCAAGUUGAGAUGCUCUUAUCUAGAAAGAAAAAAAAAAAAUUUGUCCUUGUGUGGCCACAUGACCACUGAAUGUCAUAUAUUAGUUUGAUCAGUGUAAUGGUUGUUUUGCAUUUUACUAAAUUUAAGGUGGAAAUGUGAUUAUGUUGGGAGCAGAGGAAAAACUUUUCAAGAUUCAAAAGUUACAAUGUUGUUUUUAUUUAACUACCUGAUGGUGACUGUGGAAAUCUAGGUUUGUCUUGAGUGGAUCCGGCUGUGGUAAACAAAACCAAAACGGUUGACAGUUUUGUGUUCUCGUUGACUUUGGUUUCUAGUUAAGUUCUAUGCUUGACGGUUCGAGAAAUCUGUGAGCUGCUGUUGCUCAGGAGCUCAAAAAACAGCAAACCUCUGUGAGGGUUAUGUUGUAGAUUCUCAGAGACAGAAAAAUAGUGAAGUAAAAAAUUGAUAGUAAAUAUCUAUAACUCAAGUGAACUCGGAUCUGUAAAACUUAGCGUUGGUUUGGUAGAGCUUCACUGUAUAAUUGUUUAUCAAUCCCCUUCUGCAAAGUAGAGUAUAUAGAUAAAAUCAGCAGAAUAAAAUGUAUUUUGCUAAAUUUCUACAGUUUUAAAUGUUUUUUCCCCCACAAAUGUUAUUUAUUUCUUUAGAAAGGUCACUUUAACCUACUUCUUCACUUUCUCCACGAUUCAUUUUCCCAAAUCCUGUUUAUUUAAUAAAAACAAAUUAUAUCAUAGUUAAUUACCCUAAUCCAGAUAGAAAAAUGUAUGUAUAUCUCCUUUUUUGAUGGCUACUAUAUUUUUACAAAGUGAAGAUAAAAUGGAAAUGCUGAGCUUCCCUACAAGUUGAGGGAAGACUAUCUUAGAGUAGUUUUAUCUUGUGUCUGUGGACCUUUGCUCUUCAUAAAAAUCCCAAUUACAACUUGGCCUAAAGUAUGACUGGUACUGGUGUGUGGUAUUACUAUGUCAGUGUUACCCUGAUGUGCAUUUUUCCAUACAGGUGAUUCAAGACUGUAGUACACCUACAUGAUGUUUUGAAAAAGUCACUGAAAAUCUUACAGACAAAUUCAGUUCAGCUUGAGUUUUGAGAGAUUUUCUGAUUUAGCUCUUCUGUUUGGUGCAGGAAAAUGUGCACCUUUUUUUAAUCUAUGUGAAUAACAACGUCAUUUUUACACAAAAUUGUAUGAAAUGUAAAACAAGUAACACAAAAUGUAAGCUACAUUAACUGUGUUCCAUGAGCAAUGUGUACAAUUAAUUUUGAUUUUCUUUACAUGCUUUUUGUUUUUCUUUGUUUAUUUUUGUGUUGCUAAAGCAUCUAUCAUUGGGUAGAAAAACUCAAACAAUAUAAUAAAUUGUUGGUUCCAACCAGGGUUUUCUUUGUGGACAUGCAGGAUUUCUAUAAAUAUAGUUUUUGUAAGUUUUUGUAAAAAAAAAAAAAGAAAAAGGUGGGAGGGAUGGGGGUGUUUUGUUUUCAUAGUAAUUGUAUGUGUUAAGACAUUAGAAUAACAAACAUCUGAAUACAUCAUGGUGGGAAAUGAACUAAGUGCUAUAGAAAAGCAAAAUUUUCUUUUUAACACACUGUGAAUAAUUCAAUUGUACAGUUUGCUGUAUGGAUUAUAAGAAGAUUUAAAUAAAAAAACACAAACAAUC